GAUGAGGUGCUUUAAAUUGUUGCUAACACUGCUGGUGGGUCUAGUUGGCUGUCAGGCCAAUGCUCUAGUGAAUAGGACUCACUUGGGAAUAGACGCAGCAGCGCUUGUGACAAAUCCUUGCCAGGAGGUGAAAACAGCAGGCUUUAUCUGCGUGGAUUGCGGCACGUUGGGCUUCUGCUCAAACGUUAAUGGGCAAUGGCAAACUGUGGGCAUGACAGAUUGCAAAACGGAACGCGGCUUUUACUGCAGUGAUGAGGGUCAAGGAACUAUUGGUUGCACCUGGCAGCCGAAGUGCACGGUGCCAGUGCGUGGCAAGUUCUAUUGCCAGCAACCUGGUUUUUUCCCUGAUCCCUACGACUGCCGUAGCUAUCACGAGUGCGAUGAGCGACAUGUGGACACGCCGCGGCAGUGCACCAAUGGUGCUGGCUACUCGCUGGCUACAAAUACUUGUGUGAUUCCACGACACACCGACCAGUGCACGGAGAAGCAAUACGAAUGUCGCGCUGUGGGCGAUACAGGCGCCUGGCCGGCCGACAAUCGGUUCUACUAUGUGUGUCAGAAGGAGACCGUGGGCGGCGACGAUUACUAUUAUCCGCUGAUGAUGAAGUGCCGCGAGGGCUAUGAAUUCAAUGGCCAUAGCUGUGUGCAGUCUUCCAGGUCGCUGAAAAGCAUCAAUUGCAUGGAUGGUGAGCUGAUUGCAGCAGACGACGACAGCGGCUUCUAUAUCUGUAUCAACAACAAUCUGUAUUAUCAGACUUGUGGCGUCGGCAAUCGUUUUGAUCCCGUCCAGCUCACGUGUCGUCCUGUUUAGACCAGCACAUGUUCUCCACUUCUGAUUACAGCAAAUAAUAAAGCUGAUUGCAAUACAAA